AUGGAUUGUUGCCCUGACUAUGCGAGCGGUGAUUAUGUGGCCAUUUCUGCCUGCUUGGACACUAUUGAUUGGUGGUCCCUGCUCGACAAUUCUUGCUCUAUUGAUGACAUGUAUCAACGCUUUCUUGACCUUUUACACGACUUACUGUCGCGUUUCAUCCCAUUGAAACGAGCAAGGUACGAGACUGACCACUACCCCACUCACAUCAAGAACUUGAUAGAACAAAGGGAUCGUUUGUUUUGCACAAUCCAUGACCCGUUGACAUCUGAUAGAUAUAAAAACGUGGUAAAAAAGUUGAACAGACACCUAGCCAAAUUCAGUGCGAAUAGACAGAAAAGACUAUCUAACAUGAACACUUCCUCUCUCUUCAAGUAUGCCCACCUGAUUUUCAAAGAAAAGCAUGGCCCUCAAGGAUUGCAUGAUCACCAAGGAAAUUUAUGCAAGACUGAUCAAGAGAAUGCCGAAUGUCUUGCUCAUUAUUUUGCAUCGGUUUUCCAGAAACCGACAAACUCUAGACCUAGCCUUCCUAAUGAUCUAACCAAUCAGAUACAAAGUUCCUUAUACCUUUCACAAGUUCCUCAAGUCCUGCCUUUUGAUGUUAUGAACAUUCUGAAAAGAUUGAAACCAUCGACCUUCAUUACUGCUGAUGGAAUUCCCCAGAUGGUUUACAAAAGAUGUGCCACUCAGUUAGCAGUUCCUGUUUCAAUACUUGUCAACAUGUCUUUGAGCAGUGGUGAAUUACCCAGAGUAUGGAAGCACGGAAGGGUGGUACCAAUUCCUAAAGUUCAGAACCCACAAAAGGCCUCGGAGUUUCGGCCCAUAAGCAUUAACUCUGUGGUCUGCAAAGUUGCUGAGAAGAUUGUAAGAAGGAAACUGCUGUCAUUUUGCGUGCAAAAGCAUCUCAUACCGUCUGAACAGUUUGGGUUUAUGGAGGGAUCUUCCACUACUCUCCAACUGAUUACUUGUGAUUUUUACUGGAAAAGAGCCUUGGCACAAAAUCGAUUAACUGAUGUUCUUUAUUUUGACUUGUCCAAAGCUUUUGACAGAGUAGACAUCCACAAAUUAAUUGAGAAACUAUAUUCAGUUGGAAUUCGUGGAGGUAUGCUAAAAUGGCUCACGUCUUAUCUGACUGAGAGAACACUCUCGUUUGUGCAUUCGUCAUCUUUACUCUCACUGCAACCGUCUCUAUCGCUUUUUGACGAAUCCCAAGAAGAUAUGAAGAAAGUUGGAGCUUCUCAAAUGUAG